CCGGUCGGCUCGUGUGGCUGUGGGUGCUUGUGGGACAAAGAUGGUGAUGAUGAUGAUGAUGAUGAGGAGGAGGAGGAGGAGGAGGAGGAGGAGGAGGAAGGUGGGCGGUAAAGCUAAGGCCCUCCAGUCAUGUGGAUUUGUCAAUAUGUGAUGUGUGGGGGUGAAUCAAUCCACUCUCUAGGCUCCUUCACCUCCUAUAACCCAGCACAGCACCAGAGACCAUAGUAAUAACUACCACAUUAUAGUAUAACUACCACAUUAUAGUAAUAAACUACCACAUUAUAGUAUAACUACCACAUUAUAGUAAUAACUACCACAUUAUAGUAUAACUACCACAUUAUAGCAUAACUACCACAUUAUAGUAUAACUACCACAUUAUAGUAUAACUACCACAUUAUAGUAUAACUACCACAUUAUAGUAUAACUACCACAUUAUAGUAUAACUACCACAUUAUAGUAAUAACUACCACAUUAUAGUAAUAACUACCACAUUAUAGUAUAACUACCACAUUAAGUAAUAUCUACCCACAUUAUAGUAUAACUAACACAUUAUAGUAAUAACUACCACAUUAUAGUAAUAACUACCACAUUAUAGUAUAAACUACCACAUUAUAGUAAUAAACUACCACAUUUAUAUAACUACCACAUUAUAGUAAUAACUACCACAUUAUAGUAUAACUACCACAUUAUAGUAAUAACUACCACAUUAUAGUACUAACUAAAACAUAUAGAAUAACUACCACAUUAUAGUAUAACUACCACAUUAUAGUAAUAACUACCACAUUAUAGUAUAACUACCACAUUAUAGUAAUAACUACCACAUUAUAGUACUAACUACAACAUUAUAGUAAUAACUACCACAUUAUAGUAUAACUACCACAUUAUAGUAAUAACUACCACAUUAUAGUAUAACUACCACAUUAUAGUAAUAACUACCACAUUAUAGUACUAACUACAACAUUAUAGUAAUAACUACCACAUUAUAGUAUAACUACCACAUUAUAAUGUAAUAACUACCACAUUAUAGUAUAACUACCACAUUAUAGUAAUAACUACCACAUUAUAGUAUAACUACCACAUUAUAGUAAUAACUACCACAUUAUAGUAUAACUACCACAUUAUAGUAAUAACUACCACAUUAUAGUAUAACUACCACAUUAUAGUAUAACUACCACAUUAUAGUAAUAACUACCACAUUAUAGUAUAACUACCACAUUAUAGUAAUAACUACAACAUUAUAGUAAUAACUACCACAUUAUAGUAUAACUACCACAUUAUAGUAUAACUUACCACAUUAUAGUAAUAACUACCCACAUUAUAGUAAUAACUACCACAUUAUAGUAAUAACUACCACAUUAUAGUAAUAACUACCACAUUAUAGUAAUAACUACCACAUUAUAGUAAUACUACCCACAUUAUAGUAUAACUACCACAUUAUAGUAAUAACUACCACAUUAUAGUAUAACUACCACAUUAUAGUAAUAACUACCACAUUAUAGUAAUAACUACCACAUUAUAGUAUAACUACCACAUUAUAGUAAUAACUACCACAUUAUAGUAUAACUACCACAUUAUAGUAUAACUACCACAUUAUAGUAAUAACUACCACAUUAUAGUAAUAACUACCACAUUAUAGUACUAACUACCACAUUACAGUAUAACUACCACAUUAUAGUAAUAACUACCACAUUAUAGUAAUAACUACCACAUUAUAGUAUAACUACCACAUUAUAGUAAUAAAUACCACAGUAUAGUAAUAACUAACACAUUAUAGUAAUAACUACCACAUUAUAGUAAUAACUACCACAUUAUAGUAAUAACUACCACAUUAUAGUAAUAACUACCACAUUAUAGUAUAACUACCACAUUAUAGUAUAACUACCACAUUAUAGUAUAACUACCACAUUAUAGUAAUAACUACCACAUUAUAGUAUAACUACCACAUUAUAGUAUAACUACCACAUUAUAGUAUAACUACCACAUUAUAGUAUAACUACCACAUUAUAGUACUAACUACCACAUUAUGUAAUAACUACCACAUUAUAGUAAACUACCACAUUAUAGUAAUAACUACCCACAUAUAGUAAUAACUACCAAUUAUAGUAUAACUACCACAUUAUAGUAAUAACUACCACAUAUAGUAAUAACUACCACAUUAUAGUAUAACUACACAUUAUAGUAAUAACUACCACAUUAUAGUAAUAACUACCACAUUAUAGUAAUAACUACCACAUUAUAGUAUAACUACCACAUUAUAGUAAUAACUACCACAUUAUAGUAUAACUACCACAUUAUAGUAUAACUACCACAUUAUAGUAAUAACUACCACAUUAUAGUAAUAACUACCACAUUAUAGUAAUAACUACCACAUUAUAGUAUAACUACCACAUUAUAGUAUAACGACCACAUUAUAGUAAUAACUACAACAUCUUAGUAUAACUACCACAUUAUAGUAUAACUACCACAUUAUAGUAUAACUACCACAUUAUAGUAAUAACUACCACAUUAUAGUAAUAACUACCACAUUAUAGUAAUAUCUACCACAUUAUAGUACCUACUACCACAUUCCACCUCAAGUGGAGUUGAAAACAAGGGCUCCGGGGAAUUAUUUUGGUUCUCGAACACCACCCACCUCUCCCAUCCACUGGUUCCUGGAGAGGGAGAGAGAGAGAGAGACUUUCAUACACCAGUGAGAGAGAAGUAGACACAGAGAGAUAGAGAGGAUGUGAUAGUACUCAACUCCAUUUACCCUGCACUCUUUUCCUCUGCCCCUCUGGCCAGACGGUGAGAGUGAGCCAAUCCGACAGUGAGUCAGCGAGUCUUCGUCCAAUCAGACAGGCAGCCAGCAGGUCUUCGUCCGCCCCGCUGAGUCUUACCAUUACCUGCCAGACAAACACCUACACAAAAACACUCAGCAACAACUGACACGUUUAUGUGAACAGUCUGGACAACGCAACACUUCUAUAACAACAGUCUUGACAACACAACACUUCAAUAACAAGUCUUGACAACCCAACACUUCUAUAACAACAUUCUGGACAACGCAACACUUCUAUAACAACAGUCUGGACAAUGCAACACUUCUAUAACAACAGUCUCGACAAUGCAACACUUUUACCGUAAAACGUCAAAUAAAAGCCCGGGCCCUUAUUUGCUUCAAUUACUGAACAUAACCGUUGCUUAUUAGAGACAGCCUUCUAUCUGAGCCAGGCGUCUGUUUCCUUAAUGCACACAGCUUUUGCUUAAUCAAUUGUUGAAAAGACGACCACACUGUUUAUUGUGACCAGUAUGACCAGUAUAAACAUUAUAAUAACACAUCCAUCACAGAUCAGACUUGUAAAGAAUACAGUAGGCUUGCGAUCAUACACCCACUGAUUUUGCACUUCAGCACCAUUCUCCCACUCAUAGAGCCCCACAGUGGCGAUGUCAUAAUACCCAUAACACCUAGCGAUCAAACAGGGAAAUAAUAACAAAUGGGUAUUACGAAUCAUACUGUGAUACUCUAUUGUGCCUUGUAUCCCGGUAGUUGCAGCGAUAUCACAGCAGAUAGACUUCAGUAUUCAUUGUUGGACCAUGUCAAACCAGACUGCUGUCUCAUCCAUGAUGUUGCUCUUCUUUUUCUUCUUUUGCGCAAUCUUUACAAUUUAUUUAGACCCGCCGUUUAUUAGAAACAAAAGUUUACUUGCUGAAAUGUGCGCUGAUGCCCAGCUUUUAAAAGGGACAGGCGGCUAUUUGAGAUUCUUAGUUUAUUUGAAGUUUUACAGUAUGUGAACAUUCUCGACAACACAACAUUUCUAUAUCAACUGUCUAGACAACACAACACUUCUAUAUCAACAGUCUAGACAACACAACACUUUUAUGUCAACAGUCUAGGCCAGGCAAGUCACCCGUAAUACAAGUCAGUAUUCGACGUCAGAGGACGUUGGGAGAUGACGUAGAAACCGGCCACUAGGGGCAACAGUGAUCAUUGUUACCUUCAAGUAGUUUUUUUUUUGUUGCUAGGGCGUUCUGGAUGAGCAUAAGCAUCUGCCUCUGAUUCCAAAGGUUGCAUGUUUGAAAGUUAUUUUUGAUAUUUUUGUUUUACCUGAAGAAUUCAGAGUUAAUGCCCUUACCUGAAGAAUUCAGAGUCAAUGCCCUUACCUUAAGAAUUCGGAGUUAAUGCCUAAACUUAACCUUAAACACUUCGAAAUUGGACGUUUGGAACAACUUCGAAAUCUGACGUUUGAGAAACAUGGAUGAACGUCUAAUUCUGACGUGAGACUGUGAGAGCUAGACAACAUAAUGUCUGACAAUGGAGCACAGUUUAGUGUAACGGUAUUCAAAUAGUUGUGUAAUGCUAUAUUACUACAGAAAACCAGAAGACAGAAGAAAGUCUCCCACUACACACACACACACACACACACACACACAUACACAUAUACACACACGCUGAGUUUCAACCAGUGGUAUGUUGCUCUAUGCAGGUGUGCUGAGGAUGUGACGGACGGAUCCCAGUACUUUGUGCUGUUGAUGAUCACAGACGGAGUCAUCUCAGACAUGGUGCAGACCAAGGAGGCUGUGGUCAAUGUGAGUGCUCAUCAUGCUUGUGUGUGUGUUUCCAUGUGUGGUGUGUACGUAUUUAGGCGUGAUGAUGACAUCGGUGGUCCAUAAGCGUGUGUCCCAAAAUGUGGCAUGGGACGUCAUAAUGAAGUCAUUUUCUGUGUGUGUGUGUGUGUGUGUGUGUGUGUGUGUGGAUGUGUGUGUGUGAGUGUGGGUGGGUGGGUGUGGGUGGGUGUGUGUGUGGGUGGGUGGAUGGAUGUGUAUUGGUGGGUGUGUGUGAGUGUGGGUGGGUGGGUGGGUGGGUUAAUGUGUGGGUGUGUGGGUGGGCGCAUGUAUACCUCACACAUCACCUUUGUGUUAUCCCCUUUCUCACAGGCUGCCGCUCUGCCCAUGUCUAUCAUCAUAGUGGGAGUAGGCCCUGCUGAGUUUGACGGUAAGUGUGUGUGUGUGUGUGGGUAAGUGUGUGCGUGUGCUCAUGAACAUCCGGCAUGCGUGCAUGUGUGUGUGCGCACGCCCAAAGUGGUUAGCUAGCUACACUGCCAAAAAAAACAUUAAAGCCUUUUAAAGUUCAAAGCACACAGCUUCUGAUCAGAGGUUCCACUGCCUGUGAAGUGCACUAAAGAUCAGCAGGGUAGGUGACAAAACAACACUUACUGCAAUCUCCUUCCCAAAGGCUUUAGGAACUGGUGAAUCCCCUCCCCGCUCUCCAUCUCUUCCAAAUGUAUCUCCCCCUGCCUUAAAGCUACAGCGAGGAUGCCCAUCCCUCCUCCUGCAGAGCUACAGCGAGGAUGCCCAACCCUCCUCCUGCAGAGCUACAGCGAGGAUGCCCAUCCCUCCUCCUGGAGAGCUACAGCGAGGAUGCCCAACCCUCCUCCUGCAGAGCUACAGCGAGGAUGCCCAACCCUCCUCCUGCAGAGCUACAGCGAGGAUGCCCAUUCCUCCUCCUGGAGAGCUAAAGCAAGGAUGCCCAUUCCUCCUCCUGGAGAGCUACAGCGAGGAUGCCCAACCCUCCUCCUGCAGAGCUACAGCGAGGAUGCCCAACCCUCCUCCUGCAGAGCUACAGCGAGGAUGCCCAUUCCUCCUCCUGGAGAGCUAAAGCAAGGAUGCCCAUUCGUCCUCCUGGAGAGCUACAGCGAGGAUGCCCAUUCCUCCUCCUGGAGAGCUAGGCUUUUGCUCUGGCCCUGUCCUACUCUUCUAACACAACUGAUUUGAUCCUGACGAGCAGCUUGAGUCUUAUAGUAGGGGUGGAACAAAAGCCUACACACCCAAGGUGUUUGUACAUCAAAUUGAUCAGAAAUACAGUGUAGACAUUGUUAAUGUUGUAAAUGGCUAUUGUAGCUGGAAACUGCUGAUUUUUAAUGGAAUAUCUACAUAGGCGUACAGAGGCCCAUUAUCAGCAACCAUCAGUCCUGUGUUCCAAUGGCACAUUGUGUUUGCUAAUCCAAGUUUAUCAUUUUAAAAGGCUAAUUGAUCAUUAGAAAACCCUUUUGCAAUUAUGUUAGCACAGCUGAAAACUGUAGUGCUGAUUAAAGAAGCAAUACAACUGGCCUUCUUGAGACUAGUUGAGUUUCUGGAGCAUCAGCAAUUGUGGGUUUGAUUACAGGCUCAAAAUGGCCAGAAACAAAUAACUUUCUUCUGAAACUCGUCAGUCUAUACUUGUUCUGAGAAAUGAAGGCUAUUCCAUGCGAGAAGUUGAAGAUCUCGUACAAUGCUGUGUACUACUCCCUUCACAGAACAGUGCAAACUGGCUCUAACCAGAAUAGAAAGAGGAGUGGAAGGCCCCGGUGCACAACUGAGCAAGAAACAGACGCCUCACAGGUCCUCAACUGGCAGCUUCAUUAAAUAGUACCCGCAAAACACCAGUCUCAACGUCAACAGUGAAGAGGCGACUCCGGGAUGUUGACCUUCUAGGCAGAGUUGCAAAGAAAAAGCGAUAUCUCAGACUGGCCAAUAAAAAUAAAAGAUUAAGAUGGGCAAAAGAACACAGACACUGGACAGAGGAAGAUUGGAAAAAAGUGUUAUGGACAGACAAAAUCGAAGUUUGAGGUAUUCGGAUCACAAAGAAGAACAUUUCUGAGACGCAGACCAAAUGAAAAGAUGCUGGAGGAGUGCUUGAUGCCAUCUGUCAAGCAUGGUGGAGGCAAUGUGAUGGUCUGGGGGUGGUAAAGUGGUGGUAAAGUGGGAGAUUUGUACAGGGUAAAAGGGAUCUUGAAGAAGGAAGGCUAUCACUCCAUUUUGCAACGCCAUGCCAUACCCUGUGGAUGGUGCUUGAUUGGAGACAAUUUCCUCCUACAACAGGACAAUGACCCAAAGCACAGCUCCAAACUAUGCAAUAAAUAAUUAGGGAAGAAGCAGUCUGCUGGUAUUCUGUCUAUAAUGGAGUGGCCAGCACAGUCACCGAAUCUCAACCCUAUUGAGCUAUUGUGGGAGCAGCUUGACCGUAUCAUACGUAAGAAGUGCCCAUCAAGCCAGUCCAACUUGUGGGAGGUGCUUCAGGAAGCAUGGGGUGAAAUCUCUUCAGAUUACCUCAACAAAUUGACAACUAGAAUGCCAAAGGUCUGCAAGGCUGUAAUUGCUGCAAAUGGAGGAUUCUUUGACGAAAGCAAAGUUUGAAGGACACAAUCAUUAUUUCAAUUAAUUAAAUCAUUAUAACCUUGUCAAUGACUACAUUUCCUAUGGAUUUUGCUAUAUUUCCUAUUCAAACUAAUUUCAUGUAUGUUUUCAUGGAAAAGUGACCCCAAACUUUUGAACGGUAGUGUAUGUAUUUGUAUUUAUAUGUAUGUAUGUACACUACCGGUAAAAGGUUUUAGAACACCUACUCAUUCAAGGGUUUUUCAAUGGUGAAGACAUCAAAACUAUGAAAUAACACAUAUGGAAUCAUGUAGUAACCAAAAAAGUGUUAAACAAAUCAAAAUAUAUUUUAUAUUUGAGAUUCUUCAAAUAGCCACCCUUUGCCUUGAUGACAGCUUUGCACACUCUUGGCAUUCUCUCAACCAGCUUCAUGAGGUAGUCACCUGGAAUGCCUUUCAAUUAACAGGUGUGCCUUCUCAAAAGUUAAUUUGUGGAAUUUCUUUCCUUCUUAAUGCGUUUGAGCCAGUCAGUUGUGUUGUGACAAGGUAUGGGGGGUAUACAGAAGAUAGCCCUAUUUGGUAAAAGACCAAGUCCAUAUUAUGGCAAGAACAUCUCAAAUAAGCAAAGAGAAACGACAGUCCAUCAUUACUUUAAGACAUGAAGGUCAGUCAAUACAGAACAUUUCAAGAACUUUGAAAGUUUCUUCAAGUGCAGUCGCAAACACCAUCAAGCGCUAUGAUGAAACUGGCUCUCAUGAGGACCGCCACAGGAAUGGAAGACCCAGAGUUACCUCUGCUGCAGAGGAUAAGUUCAUUAGAGUUACCAGCCUCAUAAAUUGCAGCCCAAAUAAAUGCUUCACAGAGUUCAAGUAACAAACACAUCUCAACAUCAACUGUUCAGAGGAGACUGUGUGAAUCAGGCCUUCAUGGUUGAGCACGGCGCUUGUAACGCCAAGGUAGUGGGUUCGAACCCCGGGACCACCCAUACACAAAAAAAAAAAAUGUAUGCACGCAUGACUGUAAGUCGCUUUGGAUAAAAGCGUCUGCUAAAUGGCAUAUUAUUAUAUUAUGGUUGAAUUGCUGCAAAGAAACCACUACUAAAGGACACCAAUAAGAAGAAGAGAAUUGCUUGGGCCAAGAAACACAAGCAAUGGACAAGGGCUAUUUUUCCAAGAAGGAGAGUGAUGGAGAGCUGCAUCAGAUGACCUGGCCUCCACAAUCCCCCGACCUCAACCAAAUUGAGAUGGUUUGGGAUGAGUCGGACUGCAGAGUGAAGGAAAAGCAGCCAACAAGUGCUCAGCAUAUGUAGGAACUCCUUCAAGACUAUUGGAAAAGCAUUCCAGGUGAAGCUGGUUGAGAGAAUGCCAAGAGUGUGCAAAGCUGUCAUCAAGGCAAAGGGUGGCUACUUUUAAGAAUCUCAAAUAUGAAAUAUAUUGGUAACUACAUGAUUCCAUAUGUGUUAUUUCAUAGUUUUGAUGUCUUCACUAUUAUUCUACAAUGUAGAAUGAAGAAUGAAGAAAAAUGAAGAAAAACCCUUGAAUGACUAGGUGUUCUAAGACUUUUGACAGGUAGUGUAUGUGUAUAUGAAUGUAUUUAUAUGUGUAUGUACAGUGGGGGGGAAAAGUAUUUAGUCAGCCACCAAUUGUGCAAGUUCUCCCACUUAAAAAGAUGAGAGAGGCCUGUAAUUUUCAUCAUAGGUACACGUCAACUAUGACAGACAAAAGGAGAAAAUCACAUUGUAGGAUUUUUUAUCAAUUUAUUUGCAAAUUAUGGUGGAAAAUAAGUAUUUGGUCAAUAACAAAAGUUUCUCAAUACUUUGUUAUAUACCCUUUGUUGGCAAUGACACAGGUCAAACGUUUUCUGUAAGUCUUCACAAGGUUUUCACACACUGUUGCUGGUAUUUUGGCCCAUUCCUCCAUGCAGAUCUCCUCUAGAGCAGUGAUGUUUUGGGGCUGUCGCUGGGCAACACGGACUUUCAACUCCCUCCAAAGAUUUUCUAUGGGGUUGAGAUCUGGAGACUGGCUAGGCCACUCCAGGACCUUGAAAUGCUUCUUACGAAGCCACUCCUUCGUUGCCCGGGCGGUGUGUUUGGGAUCAUUGUCAUGCUGAAAGACCCAGCCACGUUUCAUCUUCAAUGCCCUUGCUGAUGGAAGGAGGUUUUCACUCAAAAUCUCACAAUACAUGGCCCCAUUCAUUCUUUCCUUUACACGGAUCAGUCGUCCUGGUCCCUUUGCAGAAAAACAGCCCCAAAGCAUGAUGUUUCCACCCCCAUGCUUCACAGUAGGUAUGGUAUUCUUUGGAUGCAACUCAGCAUUCUUUGUCCUCCAAACACGACGAGUUGAGUUUUUACCAAAAAGUUCUAUUUUGGUUUCAUCUGACCAUAUGACAUUCUCCCAAUCCUCUUCUGGAUCAUCCAAAUGCACUCUAGCAAACUUCAGACGGGCCUGGACAUGUACUGGCUUAAGCAGGGGGACACGUCUGGCACUGCAGGAUUUGAGUCCCUGGCGGCGUAGUGUGUUACUGAUGGUAGGCUUUGUUACUUUGGUCCCAGCUCUCUGCAGGUCAUUCACUAGGUCACCCCGUGUGGUUCUGGGAUUUUUGCUCACCGUUCUUGUGAUCAUUUUGACCCCACGGGGUGAGAUCUUGCGUGGAGCCCCAGAUCGAGGGAGAUUAUCAGUGGUCUUGUAUGUCUUCCAUUUCCUAAUAAUUGCUCCCACAGUUGAUUUCUUCAAACCAAGCUGCUUACCUAUUGCAGAUUCAGUCUUCCCAGCCUGGUGCAGGUCUACAAUUUUGUUUCUGGUGUCCUUUGACAGCUCUUUGGUCUUGGCCAUAGUGGAGUUUGGAGUGUGACUGUUUGAGGUUGUGGACAGGUGUCUUUUAUACUGAUAACAAGUUCAAACAGGUGCCAUUAAUACAGGUAACGAGUGGAGGACAGAGGAGCCUCUUAAAGAAGAACUUACAGGUCUGUGAGAGCCAGAAAUCUUGCUUGUUUGUAGGUGACCAAAUACUUAUUUUCCACCAUAAUUUGCAAAUAAAUUCAUUAGAAAUCCUACAAUGUGAUUUUCUGGAGAAAAAAAAUCUCAAUUUGUCUGUCAUAGUUGACGUGUACCUAUGAUGAAAAUUACAGGCCUCUCUCAUCUUUUUAAGUGGGAGAACUUGCACAAUUGGUGGCUGACUAAAUACUUUUUUCCCCCACUGUAUAUGUGUGUAUAUCUAUUUGCAAAAAAUAUAUGGAGGAUUGGAAGUGAUGCAGACAAUUAAAUAAAAUACAUAAUUAUGGACCACACUUAUUAUGCCUAUUCCAAAAGAUAAUUGGCUAAGUGAUUUGAUAAUAUUUUUAAAUACUGUCGGUAGUUGGGGAAGGGAAACGGAGAGGGGAAAUUAUUCAUGCUUAACGACAAGGGGGGUCUCUGUGGGACCUAUUACACACUACACAGGGCUGUGCGAGGGGUCAGGGGUGGCUGCCGGAGGAUGUGUGUGUGUGUGUGUGUGUGUGUGUGUGUGUGUGUGUGUGUGUGUGUGUGUGUGUGUGUGUGUGUGUGUGUGUGUGUGUGUGUGUGUGUGUGUGUGUGUGUGUGUGUGAGAGAGAGACGGAGAAGGGAGAGAGAGAGAAAGAAAGAGAGAGAUAAGAGAUAAUAGAAGAGAGAUAAAGAGAUAAAUCUAUUAAGAGAGAUAAAGAGGGAAUGUGUAUUUAAAAGCAUAUAAAUUAAACCGCUAGAGUAUUGUUGUGUGAUGGGUUGACUGCUUGCUUCAGAGUGUGUGGUGGUUGGGGAAUCGGCAUAACUUUAACUUUAAAUGGUCUAUAGGAAGAGGGUUAUUUGAUUCAUCUACGCUGUCGUAUCCUCCUUUAGCUCAGUCUCUCUCUCCACAGGGAGCCUGUGCAAACAGAUUGUCUCUCUCACACACACACACACACACACACACACACACACACAUUUGAGUGCGACCCUUAAAGGCCCAGUGCAGUCAAAAACAUGAUUUCCCUGUUUUUUAUAUAUAUCUCCACACUAUGAGGUUGGAAUAAUACUGUGAAAUUGUGAAAAUGAUGAUAAUGCCCUUUUAGUGUAAGAGCUGUUUGAAAUGACUGCCUGAAAUUUCAGCCUGUUUUGGUGAGAUGGAGUUUUGGCCUGACUGGUGACAUCACCAGGCAGUAAAUUAGUUAAUUGACCAAUAAGAAAGAGAGUUCCAAACCCAGCUGCCAAUAGCAGAUCGUUUUCAGUUUUCCCCUCCACGCUCAGAAAAUUCCCAAACAGUCCUAGCUAAAUUCUUGCUUGAGAAAAGUAUCUUUGCUAAGAAGCUAUUUUCAUUUCUUUUUUACUAUUUUAAAUAAAAAUAAUUACAGUAAGGUACUUAAAUGUUUCACAGACAUUAUUUGAUAUUGAGAUAAAAACGGCUCCAUUGGACCUUUAAGCAGCAUCUUCUCUCCUCUCUCUUCUGCUAUUCCAAUCUUCUCUCCUCUCUCUAUCAGACCUCAGGAUAAGACCGGGAUGCAGACAGUUUGAAGUAACAAAAGUUUAUUACAACAACAGGGGCAGGCAAGCAACAGGCCAGGGUCAGGCAGAGGUCAGUAAUCGAGGGCAGUGUCACAAGGUACAGAACGGCAGGCAGGCUCAGGGUCAGGGCAGGUAGAAUGGUCAAAACUGGGAAAACUAGAAAACAGGGACUAGAGCAAAAACAGGAGUACGGGAAAACCGCUGGUAGGCUUGACGAGACAAGACGAACUGGCAACAGACAAACAGAAAACACAGGUAUAUAUGCACAGGGGAUAAUGGGGAAAAUGGGCGACACCUGGAGGGGGGUGGAGACAAGCACAAGACCGGUGAAACAGAUCAGGGUGUGACACUCUCUUCUGCUAUUCCCAUCCUCUCCUCUCAUAUUCUCUCUCUCUGCAAAUCUUUCCAUCAUGCCAUUCCUCUCGCCAAAUAUCCCACAUGUUCCCAUGAAGUUUACAUGUGGGCAUCUGUUUGGAUGCCUUCAUGUGUCAGGGGGUGUUUGUGUGUAUAUGUGUGUGGGGUGAACGAGUGUGCAUCAUCAGUGUGUACUAAGCACCCCUGUGCCUGUAUGUGUACACACACACACACACACACACAUGCACACAUACACACACACACACACACACACACAUACACACACACACAUGCAUGGGUGGGAAAUUCAUGGGAAACAGAAGGUGUGUGUGUGCGUGCAUGCAUGCGUGUGUUUGUGUGUGUGUGUAUGUGUGUGUAUGCAUGCAUGUGUGUGACACUCAAGGGAGCAGGUGGCUCUGUAUAAGUCCCUGUGAGUCAGGGGAUGCCCCCCAAAUGCCUGGGUUUACCCAAGACACCUGGCCCCCUUCCCUGUUCUCCUGCUGUCCCGUCACCCCCUCUCUCUUCUUCUGCACUGCUAUACCCUGCCUACAGCCAUCUGUCAGCUCUGUAGUGCCAUCUAUAAUAUCCCCAGUCAGUCCUCUCCAAACAUGCCGCAUGAUCUCGUCCCAAUAGGUAUAACUGGCUCCCUUUCCUUCAUGACCACUGAUGGGUGAAAGCAGGUCACCAGCCCUUUGCCUUCACUUAUCCAGUGCUUUGCAGAUCAGUUGUCCAUCAGUGGUCCAUGGGAUGCUGCCCGUGGCUGAGGCGUGCUCAAGACCUCAGUGUGAACCCUACUGUAUAGUCCCACAUGCAUGGCCAGGCAUCUGCUUCCCAGUUCCUCUUCACUCCACUACACCAGACCAGACCAGAUGGACCCACAGCUCCUCAACACCAAAACAGAUAUUAGUAUCAAUGGUGUAGUCCAGGGUUAUUAAACUCUUACCCUACAAGGUCCGGAGCCUGCUGGCUUUCUGUUCUACCUGAUAAUUAAUUGCACAGACCUGAGGUCUAAAUCAGUCCCUUAUUAGAGGGGAACAAUGAAAAAAUGCAGUGGAACUGACUUUGAAGUCCAGAGUUGAGUUAUAGGGGUGUAGUCUAUUAGAAUUUUACGGCAUCCAUAUUAGGAAGUUCUACGUUCUCACACUUUCUAAUAUGGAUGCCGUAGAUUAUUAAAGGGGUAGUGCAGUUAAAAACGUGAUUGUCCUGUUGAGAAAAAGAAAAAAAAUAUUUCCAUAACACUCUGAAAUUGGGAAUAUUAUGAUAAUGCCCUUUUUGUGUUAGAGAUUGAGUUUUUGGCCCAGAUCAUGACGUCACAAUCUGAUCUGAUUGUAAUAAACCAAUGACCGUUCAUCUGGGUAAGGGGGUGGGCUCUAGACCAUCCUAUCAGCCAAUCAGGGCUGUGUAUGUAAAUAUCUUCAAAUUUGUUUCUUAACGCCCAUAUGGUCAGACUGAGAAUUUCAAGGGCCAAAGGAGGCUCAGGGAAAUAAAUUAUAAAAAAAUAUAUUUUGGAGUUAUUUUCAUUAAAUAAACACACACAGUGAUUUAUUAGACAUGCAGUGAUGAUUUUUUUUUAAUGUAAUAAAAAGACUGCAGGGGACUUUAAAAUCAGUCCUAAUAAUGUUCGGUGGAAGUUUGAGGAUUAUUUUUUUUAUAUGUUUUUGCGUGGGUUAUGUAGAGGAUUAUGUCCUUACCCCAAUAUUAUUUGAUUAGUUGAGUUUUUGGCAAACAAAGUGGCAUAGGGUACCAUAUUUACCACAAAUCCAGCACACAUUAAUAGCACAUAUAACAUUCUGUCUAACAAUGGAUCUAUGUGCCGUUAUCUCUGUCUGACUCUGUCUCUAACUCUGACUCCAUCUCUGUUCCUACUGCUGUCCCAUUUCUCUACCUCUGCCUCUGUCUCUAACUCUCUCUCUCUCUGUCUCCGACUCUCUCUGACUGACUCUCUCGCUCUCACUUUCGCUUUCUGACUCUCUCUCUGACUCUCUGACUCUCUGUCUCUGACUCUCUCGGCCUCUGCCUCUCUCUGUCUCUGUCUGUCUUUGUCUUUCUCUCUGACUCUGUCUCUCUCGCUCUGUUUCUGACUCUGACUCUCUCUGUUUCUGACUCUGUCUCUGACUCUCUCUCUCUCUGACUCUGACUAUCUCUCUCUGCCUCUGCCUCUCUCUGACUCUGUCUGUCUUUCUCUCUGAUUCUCUCCGUCUCUGACUCUGUCUGUCUCUCUCUCUCGCUGUGUCUGACUCUGACUCUCUUUGUCUCUGACUCUCUCUGACACUCUCUCGCUCUCUGUUUCUGACUCUCUCUGUCUCUGACUCUCUGGCUCUCUCUCUGACUCUGCCUGUGCCCCAUGUCUCUACCUCUGUCUCUGUUUCUGUUCCGUAGCAAUGGAGGAACUGGACGGUGACGAGGUCAGAGUGUCCUCUAAGGGGCGCAUUGCUGAGCGAGACAUAGUCCAGUUUGUGCCGUUCCGGGACUACAUUGACCGCCAGGGCAACCAGGUGCUGAGCAUGGCACGGCUGGCCAAGGACGUGUUGGCAGAGAUCCCUGAGCAGCUGCUGGGUUUCAUGAAAACGAGGGACAUCGAGCCCCAGCCUGCCCUGCCCGCCUCCUCCACCACCACUACCACCUCCAGCACCUCCACCACCACUACUGCCCCUAUAGGACUCAACAAC